CGGAUUUUCAUUGUUGUUGAUCAUUCAGGAAAAGUAUAUUUGAAAAGAAAGAAAAUAAAAAAGUUAAUGCAAUCGACAUCAUCAAAUUUAGCAUUGUUAUUUUUGUUAUUUUGCCUCUUAAAUUGAAAUGACAUUAUGAAAUUCAAAUAUUUGUUCCUGUUCUUUCUGUUUUAGUAGUGUUCGGUUGCUGGAGAGAAGAAAAGAGGCAAUUCGAUUCAAAAAUACAAAUAUGGCCGACGGUGCGGUGGCACCGGCAAGUGAUGGCGAAGAUGGAUGCUCAAUGUCGUCUGCACAGGUCGUCAUUAAUGCAUUUGAUGAUCCUCUUGGUGUCUGCAGAACAGACAUUCAUGUGGAAAGUGAUGACUAUGAUUUUGAUCAGUAUUAUCUUUCACAAAUCAGUCCUUCGUCCACACGCAUUCUCACUGAUUCUGAUGGAAGUUUGCUGAUGAAUUUUAAGAAGCCUGUCAUCAACAAAGACAUUUCAUAUUUGUCACUUUGCAAGGACAACCAAUGUGACAGCCUGCUCGAUAGUGACAAACAUGAUUUAACAGUAACAGUUGACAACCCUGAAAAACAUGUUAGCACCAUGGAGUCAUUCAUCACUUACAGAAUAACUACAACUUGCACGCGACCCGAAUAUGAAAACAAAGACUACCAAGUGAGAAGGCGAUACAAUGAUUUCUUGUGGUUGCGACAGCAGCUCGAAGAACAUCAUCCAAUGCACAUUGUUCCUCCACUACCAGAGAAGCAUAGUUUUCGUCGACUUGAUCGAUUCAGUCAGGACUUUGUGAAUAUUCGAAUGUUGUCGCUGAACACUUUCCUGCAGAGACUCACCAAGCAUCCAGUUCUGUCUUUCAACCAAUCUCUUCAGUCAUUCCUCACCAACAAACAAUGGGAAUUUGUAUCCAUGAAAUCGAAAGAUUCUUCCACCAUAAUGUCCAGAUUGGCCGGAUCUAUACAGAAUCUUGGGUCGUCGUUCGUCAUCAAGAACAGGCCUAAAGAGUUUACUGAUGUGCUCACUUAUUUGAACAAACUUCAGAAAAACUGCACAGCAUUGAGAAAAUUGCCAACAAAAUUUUAA